GUUUCAACAGACGGGACGGGGCCGCGUGAGGCUAGCCUGACAAGCCAGUGGCGGCGGCGCGGGCAACUUGGGACGAGUGCUGCAGUGGCGAGGCUGGUUUCACACAACAGACAUUUGAAGUGAAAGUUAAUGAAAGAUCGUUGUUUUAAGUUCUGCAAUCAAGAACAGUAAAUGUUCUUAUGCUGUCUAAUGAAGAAUGGCUACCCCAUAUGUUCCCGUUCCAAUUCCCAUAGGAAGUUCUACUAGUUUUGCAGCAAAUAGAAACCAAAGAAGAUCAUCUCUUGGAAGCAUUUCAACAAGCUCAAGUUCUUCCAAAGGGCAUCUGGAAGACUCUUCUAACAGUAGCUUUAAAAAAAUGAGUGUCCCUGAUGAGAUUGGUGCCACUUCAUCUCCUUGUAACAGCCCACUUGUUAGGACUAAGUUUGUAGGCAUGAACUCAUCUAUGGAAUACUGUACACAACCCUCAGAAGAUACCACACAAAACACAGACUCUGGGAGCUGGGAAGAUCGGCCUACAACACCUACAAUACUAGGGUACGAGGUGAUGGAAGAGAGAGCAAAAUUUACUGUUUAUAAAGUCCUUAUUAAGAGAAAUCCUGAGGAAAACUGGGUGGUUUUCAGAAGGUAUACCGACUUCUCCAGGCUUAAUGACAAGCUGAAAGAUAUGUUUCCUGGUUUUCGAUUGGCACUUCCACCAAAGCGCUGGUUCAAAGAUAAUUACAACCCUGACUUUCUGGAAGACAGACAGCUGGGACUGCAAGCAUUCCUACAGAAUUUAGUUGCUCACAAAGACAUUGCUAAUUGUCUUGCAGUAAGGGAGUUUCUUUGUUUGGAUGAUCCACCAGGGCCUUUUGAUAGCCUCGAAGAGAGCAGGGCUUUUUGUGAGACUCUGGAGGAAACAAACUACCGCCUACAAAAAGAACUUGCUGAAAAACAAAGGGAAGUGGAAGCUCUAAAAAAACUAUUACAUGAAAAAGAAGUGUACAUAGAUGCUAUGGAGAAAAGAAUUAGGGAUUUAAAUGUGGAGGAAACAAAGUCUCGUAAAUUGUCAGGAGAAGAAAGUGAGUGCAGUGGAGAAGUGGAAUCUUCUGCAAUAGAGGCAGAUCAAGGUGGCCUGGCUGAAGACAACUGUUCAGAAAAAGAGAAUCAGGAACCGUCUUGGAGUAGUUCAGUGGCAGAAAAUUCUGUACCGGAAAUUGAAGUUGCUGAGAUAGCAUGUGAUGUGGAUGAAGAAAUGUAAAUGACACCAGUUGCUGUUACAAAAUAAUAAUAAUAAUAAUGACAAUGUCCGAAGCAGUUGGAACAAAAGCAUACAAUAGCUCUGAAGCAGGUACAGCAGGAAUGCUUGCAAUACCAAAAGAAUGUUUCACAAGGAAGUAUGAUUGAAAGACUUUAUGAUGAAAAUCAACUCAGUGAAGUAAACUGUAGAACCCAGACACAGUGUGGAGAUUCAACCAUAUGAGGAAAAAUGUAAAAACUGAUUUGUUCUCUUUUAUUUUUAUUAAACCUUCUGACACUAUUGCCACAAUGCCACAUAAUCAUCAACUCAACAACUUUGCCUUAUAUAAAGAACACUACCUCUUUGUUGCUGAUGCAUCACAUGUGUUUAUCUGUAUAUUAUAUGCAGAUAGUUUGGGUUCUUAAAACCAUGGUUCUCCUGCACAGUUAAUUAACUAGGUAAAAUCUAGUUGCAUUUUUUCCCCUCUUAGAAUUAUGUACACAUGGGGACUUGCUACAAUGUGUUUGUGUAGCCUGUUUUUCAAAUUGUAUUAAGUCCGAUGGUGCACUUUAUAAUAAAAAGACUUAUUGUGCCAAGUUCAUUGGCUAAUUUUUUUUUUAGAGUUGAACCCUUGGGAUUCGGGAAGGUGAAGAAAAGGAUUGCAUAGCUGUGCCUUCUUAUUGCUUUCCUUGUUCUAGGCGUUUGUCUGGGUCAGUUUUAUGAAACCUUCAAAAAAUUCUGGUCAGCAGUUGUUUGUUCAAAGUGCCUUGUUUUGUCUGGUCUUCUGGUGGGAAGAAUGCUGUUUUUGUUUUCCUCUGUGCAACCUACUCUGUUUAAUUCUGUUAACAUGCAAUCACAAUGUGCUGGUGGCUUUUUUCAAUGCUCACUUUGUAUUUUGGAGCAUAGGGACAACAGUCUGUAGAACUGCAUAAAGCUGUCUGGGAAAAUAAAC